AAUGAAAAUUUUUUUAAAUUUAAUGAUUUCUUACUUCAAAGUGAAAGUAUGGAAUGAGUGUAUGGAAUGAUAAACGUGUAUUUUGUAUUUUCAGACAAUUGACAGAUAGUGCUGCGGGUAAAGGUUAUAGUGGAAGUGUUAAUAAAAAUAAAUUGUUAAAUCGUAUUAAAAAUGCCUCUUUAUGGAAAAUGAAAAUGUCUAUGCAAAAUCAUACAAAACUUUUAAUGCAAUUGAAAGAUUUCUUACAUAAAUCUGGUUAUGACAAAAGUUUACAAAUUAUUUUAUCCAAAAAUUGGUUAGAUUUUUUACAAAAAGUAACGUAUUCGCAAAUAAAUACUUUGAAAAAGUUAUCACCAAUUGAAUUUUCAAAAAACAUAAAUGAUACAAAACUAUCAGAUGUAGAAAAAUGUAAUAAUAGUGAAAGAAAAAAAAAUGUAAUAUUAGAAACUUCAGAAGAAAAGACAUUAACUACCAAUACUAGUGAAUGUAAAAAACAAACUCAUGAAGAUACUACAAGUGAGAAUAAAUUUCAAGCUAAAAUAGGAUCCCAAUCUCUUUCUCAAUUUCUUAACGCACUAAUAUUUAAUUCCGCUCAAAGUAAAACAGCUGGAUUAGUUGUAUCACCAAAAUGGAAAAUAAAUCUUCAUAAAAAUAUACCAAAACACAGUAUUGCAUCUAGAACACGUCAUGUUUUGAAUGCUAUCGCAACUGCUGAAUCAAAUGCUUCAUGUUUGAGGAGAAUUGAAGAUUUAUUAUUACAUAUUGAUCAAUAUUCAGAAGCUAGACAUUAUGCUAUUAAGGAAGGAGCAAUUAAAAUAUUGCUUAGAACUCGACAAAAAAUUAAGGAUGAACAAAUAAGAGCACCUAUAAGAGAAGCAUUAACAGUAUUAGGUUAUACUGAUCCAUUGCCUGGCAGAGGUAUUAGAAUUCUUUCUAUUGAUGGUGGAGGUAUGCGUGGAGUAUUAGUUAUAGAAAUGUUAAAAAAACUUGAGAAACUAACGGGUAAAAAAACUUAUGAAAUGUUUGAUUAUAUAUGUGGUGUGAGUACAGGAGCUAUUCUUGCUGCUGUUUUAGGAGGACAUAAAAGAAAAUCAUUAUAUGAGAUAUCAGAAUUAUACAAAGAACUAAGUGCCAAAGUAUUUACUCAAAGUGCUAUAAAAGGUACAAGCAACUUGGUAUGGAGCCAUGGAUAUUAUGAUACAGCUCUUUGGGAAAAAUUAUUGCAAGAACAUUUAGGAGAAAAAAUUCUUAUAAAAACUGCUCGCGAUUCUACUUCUCCAAAAUUUUCAGCUAUAUCUGCUAUAGUAAAUCAUGAGCGCGUAAUGGCUUAUGUAUUUCGAAAUUACACUUUACCUCACAGAGUCGAAAGUUUAUAUAUAGGAUCUCAUAAACAUAAAUUAUGGGAAGCUAUUAGAGCAUCUGCCGCAGCACCUAGUUAUUUUGAAGAAUUUAAAUGUGGUGAAUAUCUUCAUCAAGAUGGAGGUAUUUUAGUAAAUAAUCCUUGUGCAGUUGCAUUACACGAAGCUAAACAAUUAUGGCCAAAUAGUCCAAUUCAAUGCGUGGUUUCAUUUGGAACUGGAAGAACGCCGAGUCAUAUUUGUGGAAAUAGCAAAAAAUCGGCGGAAAUUGCGAUUUCAAGUUGGAAAGAAAAAUUUUAUAAAAUUUUAGAUAGUGCAACUGAUACAGAAGCUGUACAUACGAUGUUGAACGACCUCUUACCAGAAUAUGUUUAUUUUCGUUUUAAUCCAUAUUUGACGGAGAUGUUAUCAAUGGUAGAAAUACGUCCUGAGAAGAUCAGUCAAUUAGAACAGGAUGCAAAAAUGUACAUCCGUAGAAAUGAAGAAAAAUUUCAAAAAGCUGCUGAAGUUUUAUUACAAAAAAGAAGAUUUCAACAAAAAAUUGUGGAUUGGAUUACAUUACAAAGAAAAAUGUCAAACUUUUAAAUUAUCAUAUCUGACAAAUUAAUAGGCAUUCCACAAUAUAUAAAACUAUAGAAAUAGAUUAAAUAUUAUUAAACAUUUUUUAUAUUAAUCAGAUGUACUUACAGUAUAUGAUCAAAAUAAUAUGAAUGAACAAGAAACAAUAGAGACAAUGGAUAAUUCUUCAUUCAAAUAUAAAUUACAAAUAUAGAAUUUUUAUCUGAAAUUUAAAAAAUUUUUAAAAUCGGUGAUAUGUGCAAAGUAUGUAUAGUACUAUAGUUAAGACACAAAUUUAUUUUAUAAUAAUACUUUAUUAUAUUAUAAUUGCGUUUCUACUGACAUUCUAAAAACUAAGAGUUUUUAGGAUAAAAA